AUGUGGCAUGGGUGGGACCCAGGCUUGGGCCUGCUGGGUGCCGGCUCUGCCGCCCAGGCGGCCGGCUUCUCGCCGGCGGACCUGGGUAUGGAGGUCCCAGGCAGCGUGGGCAACGCGCCGGUGCAGCGGGUUGAGUCCGUGGACGAGCUGGAGAACGCUCUCUACCUCAUCAGCCGCGUCCAAGAGGCCUCGGUGCAGCAGGAACGGCUGGUGACCACGGGCAAGUUCAAGGACGUGCAACGAAACUCCAUCACCAUGGCCUUGAACAUGAUGCUGGACAACUACCGGCUCGGUGAUCAGAUAGUGACCGCCAGCGGCUAUGUCGAGCCCAAGGAAAGAGUCGUCCAGGCGAGCCAAGUGGGCCAAGAGGCAGUGGACGUGCUGGAGACGGCCAAGGAGUACUUCGGUACGCCGCUGAAGGUCAGUGGCCUGUCAGAUGAUCAGCGUAAGUUCAUCAUCCAAGCCAUGCAGGCUUGCAGAGAGAAGUUAGACCGCUUCUUGGUCUCCCAGCUGCACCAGGGAGUUUCACGCCUUGGGACGAGCGCCUCGGCGCUUGGGGGCGGGGCGGGCUCCCUGGUGCCUGAGGUCAGGAACGAGCUGAACAUGAAGGAGUACGUCGGUGAGGCUGGACGGUGGAAGGAGCCAAAGUCCAAGGUGCCGCGAUGCCCGGACGUGGGGGUGGAGCUGGCGUGGAAGAGCAGAAACAUGGACUUCGCGAUGCCGUACCUCAUCCAGGUGCUGAGGGAGUACACUGACCGCGUGAAUGCGCUGGACAAGAAAACGCAGAAGAAAGAGGAAGAGGAGGAGAAAAACAAGAGCAAUCCUCACGACUACGUGCCGGACUACAUGAUGCCCACCAUGACCCCAGGACUCACGGGCUUCGGAAAUCUGGCGCUGACGAGUGGCCCGGCGAACAUGCCGAUGAUGGGCGGCGGCAUGCCUGGCAUGCAGCAGAUGGGCCCUGGCCCGCAGCAGGGCGUGCAGGGGCCCAGCAUGCUGAUGAUGACACCACCCAACAUGGGCGGCUUCUAA